AUGCCGGAAACCACACCCACGCCCUCAGGGCCAGAGCAGGACUCUGCCCCAGCCCGCACGCGACCGCCAUAUAACCCCUUAGUUAACCCGACAAAUGCGAAGCCCGUGCUAGUGGAAGAACACCUAGAAUCCCGCACACACAUCUUCCUAACGCGCCCGUACCUCGGGGCAUUACUCUUCGAAAACGCCGCCUCCGACGCCCGCGACCACUGCGCAAACGAGCGGACGUUCCUCUCCUGGCUCCGCCUCUCAAUGUACCUCGGCAUCGUCUCCGUCGCGCUCAUCAUAUCCUUCAACUUCAAGGCCGAGCCGUCACCGCUUGAGCGCCGCAUGGCCCUGCCUAUGGGGAUUAUCUUCUGGGUGCUCAGCUUGGUGAGUCUGGCCAACGGGCUGGCGAACUAUGUGCGCACGGUGAAGAAGUAUAGUCGCAAGGCGGCGCUUGUGCAGAGCGGGUGGAAGACGCAGAUGACGUUUAUGGUUGUGGGCGGCGUUAUACUGGGGAGUUGUAUUGUUUUGCUUGUGACGGAUGCGCAUCGGUAUUAG